AUGGAGGCCGACACCGCCAGCCGAUAUCGUUCCCGUAUCCUUAGAGAAAUGAAGGCAAACCGCGACAACCCAUUCAACUCUCCUCCAUCAUCCACAGGUUCUCACGACACCGUUGACCAAACAGCUUCUUCCGUCUUUUCUGACCCAGACGGCGAGUCUACACGGAGACUCAACGAGGAUAUUGCCCGCGUGACUGCCCCCCGCAACCUGCCUGUUAACUGGGAGGCUGCCCACCGCAAGUGGCCCGAAUUCUUCGGUGCUCCCAAGACACGCGAAGUGCCUGUAUACGACGACGACACCGACACUCGCCCUAUGAGCGCCGAGUCCAAGGAAAACAAACCCCCUGCUGCUGGAAUUAAGUUCACAGUCGACGACAUCACACAAGACACCUGGCAAGGUUCCGCUAGAACGCGUUCCGAGAUGCAACCUCGUGUUGACGACGGGUCCGACCUCUCAUCAAUACUCUCCAAGUCUCCUGCCCGAGUCCAUUCUUACCAAUCCUGGAACAAAAACAAACAUAACCCCAGCCCACUAUCCAAGGUCCACACACGAGUUUCAUCCGAAUCAAUGGCCGACCACAAACAACGACGAGAGUCUCUAUCAGACGCACUAGACCGCCUACGGAAAUCGGCAAGGAGCCCUGAUCCUCAAGAGCAGGAACAGCAAAAGUCCUCACCGAAUAUGUCUGAUGCCAGGUCCAGCUUGACUGCUGUGCCUCCUUCACCAGCCUCCAUCGCUAGCCCUGCCCACAACGAAAGCAACGCACGCUCCUUUUUCAUGCCCGAUAUCUCUCACCUGGGUGAUUUCGUAGAUGGCACACUCCGCUUCAGCGGUUCCAUGAGACAUGGCGUUCCCAUCUUCGUCAAGAAUGGCAAAGUUCACGAUCGCCUAAAGAAGUCAUCUCUCUCGGCUCAUGCUGAGGUUGACGAAGUCGAGGUGCCUGAAGAUGAAGAGAAGAUCUUUGUGUCGAUGGAUAUGAUCCGCGAAGAGAUUGUUUCCCUCCAGGAGCACUACGACAAGGUUCACGAAUAUGCCGAGAACCUGCAGCAGCAGGUUGAGCGAUUGGAGGCUCAGCUUAAGUCGCGAAAGUCUUUCGAGAUGGAUUAUGACUCUUCACGAGCCAACGAGCAUCUUGUGGCUCAGAAGAACCGUCUAGAAAUCGAAAUCUCCACUCUUCAGUCGCGUUUGGAACAAGCUUCUCGCAAGAACAGCUUGAACGAGAUUGAGAACGACUCUCUUUCUCAAGAGCGAGAUCGCGCUGUGAGGAAGCUCCAAGAGGCGUGCGAGGACAUCAACAAGCUCACCCGCAAGCUGAGCACCAAGCAGAAGGAAUUGGAGACGACGCACAAGCAACUUGAGUCAACAGAUCAAAUUCGUAGCGAAAAUGACACUCUGCGACGAGACUUGAUGUCUCUUAAGCACGGACGUGACUCGCUGAAUCUUGAGAACAAGUCACUAUCAGCCGCUAAUGAAACCCUGCGAAAGGAGCAUGAGGCCCUCAAGGAAGAGAUGGAGUCUUUGCGUGCCGGCGGCAACGGCGUCCGACAUGAUCAGCAGUCCUUCAUGGUCGAGAACCGCUCGCUUCGAACAACGAACAAGGCUCUUAUGGAAGAGAAUGAGGAUCUUCGCGAAAACCUCGAUGGUGUUCAACAUGAGCUUGACGCUGCAAAGGAGGAGAUCGAGAACUUGCGUCAAACACUCCAAAACGUCUCGCAAGAGAAGUCCACAGUCGACGAGGACAACGCAAGCCUUGUGCGACACAACGAGAAAUACUUCGAGGAGAACAAGAUUCUUCGACGUGAAAACUCGGGCUUCGAACGAAGCCUUCACGACCUUCACGACGAGAAUGUGAAGCUCAAGGAGGAGGUGAUUUUCCUGAAGAAGCAAUUGGAAUCUUACCGCCCAGUUCCCAAGGACGACUUCUCUGCUCAGCUUGACGAUGAGACUGAAGAGAACAUGACUUCAGCUUUCUUCAUUCCUGACAUCACCAUGAACAGUAACACCGACGGUGUCGAUACUGCCGAGAACGCGCAGGCUACCGAGACCAAGGAGAUUACCGAGCAGACCGACGAUAGUGCCAGGUUGCCCACUAUUCCCGAUGUUACAGAGGAGGAGACUCGCACACACACUAAGCGCGACAACACUGUUCAGAGCGAAACUAGGCAAUCGCAGAGCAAGAGUAAGAGCUCUAAGUCUGGUAGCCAGCAGAAGGUUGCUUUCUCAAUCCCCGGAAAGACAUCGAAGAAGAGCAGUUCCAAUGUCGCAAACCAGGGCAGCAAGCGCCGAACUACUUCCGAUUCUAAGAGGCGAAGCUCUUUGAAGGGUGUUGCGACUUAUGACAUGGACACAGUAGAGGACAACGACGAGACUACUGGUGCGCAAUCAGUUGAGAACACCACCCAGGAUAACGAUUACUCGAUGCAACUCGACGUUGUUCCCAAGGCCCGCAAGGAGGUCAAGGUACCUGAAAAGAAGCAGAAGCAGUCGAACACCCAGGAUGUGACUGCUCAAAGUCAGAAGUCUUCGCACUCUCGAUCACACUCCCGAUCGCACUCCCAGCCUUCGCGCAAACAGGUUACGACUGAUAUCACGGCUGAUAGCAUCAAGAGCGUGGACAAGGAUACCUGCCCUGCCCUCUCGAGCGAUGCCAGGAGGGUGCUUGAUGAUCUCUGCGAGCACGAGUGCAAGAACUGCACUGUCUGCAGCCGCAUCACAUCUCACCGUGGCAUCUUCUCUUCCGCUGAUAUCAUCGCCGGUAAGAAGCGUGUUACCAUUCGACGACCUGUCCCUGUCACAGAUCGCGAUCUAUCGGUUGAGGACCCUACUAUGCGCCCUGCUCAGCACCCUGGCCAUGCGCUUGCUGUAGUCAUUAAGGGCCUGGAGGAUGAGUCUCACCAUCUCCAACUUGAGCUUACCCGCAUUCAAGCUAAAUACGCCGGUCGCGACAAGGCUUUGGGCCGCCGCGACCGUCUCAGCCUUGCUGAAAACAUUCGCACACUGCUCAAGCAAGUUGAGGCGAAGAACGACCAGAUCUACAGUCUGUACGAUGUUCUUGAGGGCCAGAAGGCCGCCGGCCAGGCCAUGUCAGAGGAGGAGAUUGAGUUGACAGUGCUAAACAUCACGGGCAUGACAGUCCGUGAUGCCACAAGCCACAGUGACCAACUUACUUGGGAGGGUAUUCCUGAGCUAUAA